UAAAUCAAAGACAUUUAGUACGUAGAAUAAGCUGUAAAUACGUGUUACUUUUAUACUGUAAGUUAGUAAAUGUAUUGGGAAACUGAAGAUGGAGGCGGCUGGAGCGCUGGCGAGCUUGGCACCAUCGCCCAUCACCGUACUUGGGCUGAUACCGCUGUUGGCGCUAGGGAUCACCUACUUCAGAUACCAGCAGUUCGAUCCAGAGUCGUUUAUCACCGAUGCCAAUGUUAUCAUGCCAAUUUACGACUUCGUCAUAGUUGGCGGAGGAUCGGCGGGUGCAGUGGUAGCGUCACGAUUAUCAGAAAUCGGUAAUUGGACGGUGCUGCUUCUGGAGGCUGGACAGGACGAGAACGAAAUAUCAGACAUCCCCGCGCUGGCUGGUUAUACGCAGCUGUCGGAAAUGGAUUGGAAAUUUCAAACCACGCCGUCACACAAUCGAUCGUACUGUCUCGCUAUGAAUGGGGAUCGCUGUAAUUGGCCGAGAGGUAAAGUUCUAGGCGGAAGUAGCGUCCUGAAUGCGAUGGUGUACGUGAGAGGCAACCGCAACGAUUACGACUUGUGGGAGGCGCUCGGUAAUCCCGGCUGGUCGUACGAAGAUGUACUUCCUUACUUCCUAAAGUCUGAGGAUAACAGAAACCCGUACUUGUUGAAUACACCGUACCAUUCAUCCGGAGGCUAUCUAACAGUACAAGAAUCGCCGUGGAGAACACCGUUAUCCGUAACGUUUUUACGAGGAGGUAUCGAACUAGGUUACGAGUUUCGAGACAUAAACGGGGAAAAACAAACAGGGUUUAUGCUAACACAGGCGACCAUGCGGCGCGGAAGUCGGUGUAGCACGGCUAAGGCAUUUUUGAGGCCAGUUCGGCACAGAAAUAACCUGCACGUCGCGCUGGGUUCCCAGGUGACUAGAAUUUUAAUAAACCCAGUUAAAAAACAAGCGUACGGAGUCGAAUUCUAUCGGAACGGUGAAAGGCACAAAGUUCGAAUAAAACGAGAAGUUAUAAUGUCGGCCGGAGCAUUAGCGACACCGCAAUUAAUGAUGUUGAGCGGAAUCGGGCCCGCAGACCAUUUAAAAGAACACGGCAUUCCAUUAGUCGCCAAUCUGAAAGUGGGUCACAACUUGCAAGACCAUGUCGGACUCGGAGGACUCACUUUUGUCGUUAACAAACCGGUUACGUUUAAAAAGGACCGAUUUCAAACAUUCGCGGUGGCAAUGAACUAUAUUCUAUACGAAAAAGGUCCGAUGACGACACAAGGAGUGGAAGGCUUAGCUUUCGUAAACACGAAAUACGCUCCGCCCUCCGGCGACUGGCCCGACAUACAAUUCCACUUUGCGCCUAGCUCGGUCAAUUCGGACGGCGGCGAACAAAUUCGUAAAAUUCUGAAUCUACGAGACCGUGUGUACAAUACCGUGUACAAGCCCAUAGAGAACGCCGAAACCUGGACCAUUCUCCCACUGCUGCUACGUCCGAAGAGCUCCGGCUGGGUGAAAUUAAGAAGCAGGAACCCCUUCCAACCGCCGUCGUUGGAACCGAAUUAUUUCGCGUUCAAGGAGGAUAUCCAAGUGCUGACAGAGGGUAUAAAGAUAGCGUUCGCGUUGUCCAACACGACGGCUUUCCAAGUGUACGGCUCACGACCUCACACCAUUCCGUUACCCGGUUGUCAACAUCACGUAUUGUUUAGCGACGAGUACUGGGAGUGUAGUCUCAAGCAUUUCACUUUUACGAUAUACCAUCCGACGGGGACCUGCAAGAUGGGUCCCAAGCACGACCAGAGCGCGGUGGUGGACCCCAGGCUGCGGGUGCACGGUGUCGCCAACCUGAGGGUGGUGGACGCCAGCGUGAUGCCCACCAUCAUAAGCGGUAAUCCCAAUGCACCGGUUAUAAUGAUCGCGGAGAAAGCAUCGGACAUGAUCAAAGAAGAUUGGCUCGUAUUAUGACAGCGUUAGUUUUGUGAUGUGAAUAGUCAUUUGACAUUAAGAACUAUUUAUAUAACAAAGUACUUGAAAUUGUUUAUUAUUAAACAAUUACGUUUAAGUAUAUGAUGUAUAUAAUUAUGUUAAGAUAAAUCUAUUGUACUUAAUAUACGUUUCUUUUGUAA